UCAAUCACUCUAUUCCAGCGACCAAUGGCCGUUUGAAGCGUCAUCACGAUACGUCACCCUUUGAAUGUCUUAAACUUUCACUUUCCAUUUACUGUAAACUGCGAAGGUAGACUGAAGUACGACGUGAAAUAAGACUUAAGAACGGAUAGCUUACUUCGACAACGACUGAUAAUCAUUUAUCAAACUACUGAAGUAAAUUAUUUAUCGCGUGGUUCGACCAGCACAAAGGUGAAGUCAUGUCACUUUUAAUGAAGGAAAUAAAGCGCCACUCCAAGAAAGCAGCUCAAGUGUUGGAAGAGGCACGAUUAUGCACUGACUCAGACAUCCAGUCACUGACUCGAGAAGAUCUGCAUGAGCUGUUUCCUGGUCUAGACAACUUCAAGCUGAGACGGGAAAUCUUUGACAUAACACACAAACAGAAACCAAUUGAUGUAGUCCUUAAAGAAGUGAAACAGUUCAUCCCACAAGACUCUCUCAGAGCUGCUCUCACCAACAAUGGGGUCUUGGUUGAUUACCUCCAUAUUCUGAAGGACAUAAAGAGCCAAGUGGAUAAUGUCCAGACAUUCCUUGAUGCCAAUAUCACUCUACUGGAAGAUUUAAGAACAAGUCAGCCUGACCCGGGACCUGGUUCUGUGGGGGUCCCAAGUGGAGCACCAGGUGAAUCUCGCUAUCGUAAAGGAGAAAGUGGUGGCCGUAAAGCAAAAAGGCCUCGGACAAGUACCCCAGCCUCCUCUGGUUCAAUGGUGCCUUACAGUGGCCAAAGUGCUGGCUAUCAACAAGAAGCACAAGACCCAUGUGCAGGUACCCGUGGUACUUCUCACAAACCUGUUGGCUAUAAAAAGCCACCACAAGUCCCAGUGAUGUACCAGAUGGUUGUUGGCGGUCAAACCUUUGAUGCACAUUUACAGCUGAUGGAAAAAGUGAAGUAUCAAGCUAAGGAAUCGGCCAUCUCUCUUUCUGAAGGCAGUCAAGACCAUGCGGUCAUUUUUGUCUUCUGCCCCAUCAGUUCACGCGUUGCAUCAGAUGUUGAGGCGGCCAUGACUGAUGUGAAAGGUAAUAAACCUGUCAUUCUGGUGUUGAUGCACCACUCGCAUGUGGUCAAGCACACAACAUCAAUGAGAACAUGGAGUCCAGAUGAUAGAGUUGUGCUGCAUGUCAAUGUCUUCUACCAUGAGACAGUGCGUGGAUUAUUGAAGUGUGAAGAAAAUAAUGCUGCUGUCUCUCAGAUAUUUAGCAAAUUAAUGGAGCGAUUCGAUCAGGGAAGUAACAAUACCAGUGGAAAUGGGAGGGGUGUAGGCGCUGAUUGUGGUAAGGACAGGAGUUCUGAUACUAACAAUGGGUUUUUGGGCUUUUUCGGGUCAAAGAAGUAGAGCUGGUAGGGCAGCAAAAUGAAUUGAGCUGCACUACUUACUGAUUGCUAAAAUAAUAUUUUAGCCUCCGAGGUGAAUUAAGAUCAGCUACUAAUUGUGUCCUAAUGAUGUCAGUAUACAUGUUAAUUGAGGGUGUAAGUAGCUAAACACAAUAUUUCCUGCUGUUGUAUUUCUAAAGCUACAUCAUUUUACUUGUGUUUUGAUUUUUUUUUUUAAUUAUCUUAACACGACAAAUCACAGCAGCAUAUAUGUAUAGUCAAAUUACAUUCACAAUGAUCUUAAAUUGCUGUCAUUAAAAACAAAUUGCAUCAUACAAAUGCUAAAAUAAACAAAGAAAUUAAGGAAUUAUCAUUUUUGAUGCAAUCAUUUUUGAGCUGCCAUUGACCAUCAGACUUUUAUGAGUUUUGGUUUAAAUUAACUCAAAAUGUAACCUUUGUAUAAUACAACAUGAUUCCUGUAAUUAGGGCAACAAAAGAAUCAAGAUAAAGAGUUGCCUUUGUGUAUUUCUCUAGUACAGAUAAUUAAACAAUUGAAAACAUUUUUCCCCAUUAAAAGCAUGAAUGUGUGUUUUUGCUGUACAUUAUUGUAAAUGCAUGUUGCAGUAAGCAUAUAUAAGGAGUGUUGAUUAUUAAACUGUGAAUAUGGGUGG